AUCUUUUUGAUAUAGCCCUGUGGCAGGGCUCAUAUCCUGAAACCCCAGUCUCCUGGCUGGAUCUCAGAGGAGCCCACAGCUAAAGUCCUGCAGAACAGAACUGGCAGCCAUGAGUAAGGAUGCUGAUGAGGUCAGAGACAAGCUGGGUCAGCUGAGAUGCCACUUCACGUGGGAGCUGCUCUUUGAAGACAGUGAGAUGCCGGAUUUAGAGAACAGGAUCUUGGACGAGAUUGAGUUCCUAGACACCAAGUACAACGUGGGAAUAUACAACCUGCUGGCCUACAUCAAACACCUGAAAGGCCAGAACCAGGAAGCCCUGGGGAGCCUGAAGGAACUGGAUAAAGCUCUUCAGCUCUUACAGAAGGCCCUGCAGGCCACGCCCUCCUCCGCUUUCCUGCACCACCAGAUCGGGCUUUGCUACAGGGCACAGAUGAUCCAAAUAAAGAGAGCUGCAAAGUGGCAGCCCAGAGGUCAGGAUAGAGAAAAUAUUGACAAAAUGGUAAAAUUAGCCAUAUCUCAUUUUCAAUUUGCUCUGGAGCAAAAGCCCACCUUUGGCAUUGCUUAUAUUCACCUGGCCAGUAUGUACAUAGAAGCUGGCAACUACAGAAAAGCUGAAGACGUUUACCAAAAAUUGUUUUGCUUGAAAUCCCUCGAUGAAGAAACACUCCAACAGGCACAUUUCUACUAUGGUCAAUUUCAGGAAUUUCAAAAGAAAUCUGAAGUCAAUGCAGUCAUCCAUUAUUUAAAAGUAUUAAAAAUAGAAAAGGUGUCACUGACAAGAAAUAAAUGUAUUAAUUCUUUGGAGAAACUGACUUUAAGAAAACUUUCCAGAAAUGCAUCAGACAUAGAAAGCUUGAGCAUUCUUGGGUUCAUCUACAAAGUCCAAGGAGAAAUGCACAAAGCGCUGGAGCACUAUGAGCAGGCCCUACAGCUCGCUGCGGACUCUGGGAACUCGGGCAUGUGAUCCCUGGGCAUGGAAAUAGGAACCACACUCACAUUUUAUUUGAUUUUAAGUAAACAUGUUAACUCUAACCAUUGUUUCUGCUUGCUACUUUCAUAAACAUAUUAAGUUUAAGUGAUCCACUGUAGUGAUGCACAUUCUUAACCAUUACUCAGACCUGGUAAAAUAUUGGUUGUAUUCAUAAAAUACUGAAACAGAACAUAUACAUCUCUGUUAUCUGAGAGAGGAAUCAUUUCUCUGUGAUGUUACAUAGUCAAAAAAGAAAAAAAAACAGUUGUUGAAUAGAUUCAUAGCAAAUAAAGGCCUGGAUUUGCAAAAACAAA